AUGAGUACCAAAGAGCGACUCCUGCGUCUGACCUCGGCGCAUUACAGAAAGGACGGCUGCUCGGAACGCGACUGUCACUUUUUCGGGACAAUUGCUCACGCAAAGGAAGUAGCAACUCUUCAUUCCAGCAAGGGUCUUGUCUUGUAUCAUCAGGUAUUCUCAACGAAAGACACGAGAGACGGCCUCGAGCGCUUCAAGAGCGAACUGGGUGCUGAAUGGUCCAUUGAGGAUCACGAUUUCACCGUCGAACUCUAUGUGCGUGAUCUUGAAACCCUGCGCGCAAUCGCAUAUGAUCCGAUUCGCCAGACCUUUCCUGAGAAGGAGGCUCCGUAUCUCAGCGAGCGUCACGUGGUCGCCAGCCUCGCCUGGGUCGAAGUCUUUGUUCAAGAGGGCCGUGUUGUUGGCUUGGGCGAGGACGGAGUGUCGGCUUACAAACCCUCCUUUGAAGAAAUUGUUGCACCAGAAGGUCCCCCUAAGCAAGAUGCUGAAAUAGGACUUGAGUUAAAAUUCAUAUCAAACCUGCCAUGCGCGCUCAGUACAUGUCCAAUGCUGGAGAAUCCAACGACAGCCACCUGGUCAGGGCUGACUUUUGUCGACCUUGACUCAGGGUUCUCGUCAUCCUGCGCCCUGUCUAAUGCUUCUCCUACAGCCGACCCCUACCUACAAUCAGGGAAUGCCGCGAACACUUGGCAGUAUCGAUUCAACGAGGAGUGGGCGAUGCUGUCUGCAGAACAACAAUCACCUCCAGACGAUGGAAUGAUGCGACCUUGCGCCGGUAUUCCUAGGCCCAAGUCCCAAGAAACACAAAAUUUGCGACUCUCUACUAUUCGUGGGCUCUCAGAUCUCAACGUUGAAAUGUUUACACUUUCCUCCACGAUACCUAAGCCUCCAGCUUGUAUAUCACAGCCUCAUAGCUGGAAAGAGAAAGACUUCGCGAUUGACAAGACUUUCCAGCUAUCACAGCGUUUGAUAGAAGUCCUUGACAAGCUAUACCCGGGAAAUUUAGGGUCUAAUGGUUGCACCAUUAAACCUUCACGGGAAGAUGAAUUGCCAGUGUUUGCUCCGAAUGACUCUCCAUUCGAUCAGUCAUCUUUCUUGCUCAUACUUUCAUGCUAUCAGCGUCUCAUUGAAACCUACCAUGAUAUUUUCGGAAAUAUGCAAGCGUGCUUGGACCGCUCCACGAUAACGGCGCGCGAAGAUUAUGUCCAGAUGCCUGACAUGAAAGUCGGGUCCUUCUCUGUACCUGAUUCCUCCGCGCUGCAGAUCACUAUGAUCUUACAACUAUCUAGGCACCUGUUGCGUCGGAUGGGCACCAUUAUCAAGUCCCUUAAGACGAAUUACAACGGUGGUGGCACAGAUGAUCUGAUGUCUCUUACGUUUCGGGCGGUGAAUAACAGAGAGGAUGAGUUGAUCGAGACGAUUAAUAAUCUUCGAAAUAGCCUUCUUUCAUUGGACAUACUGUAG